GACCUGCAGCAUUGUCUGGAAAGGGAGUCUUUGGCCCGACGGGCAGCUGAGGAGCGCUUGAGCUUGGCGGAGCACCCGCUGAAGGAAAGGGACGCUGAACUGAGCUGGCGGAGAGUCUCUGCUGGUCAGCCAGCGGCUCCAGAAGCCAGCAAGAGCCCAGAUGGCGAUGUUCUGGCGCUGGUCACUCAACUUCAAGCUGACAUGAAGGAAGCUGCAAAGAUGUUUGCUUGUGCACAGACCCAGCAGGCCAGCUGCGAUCGACUUCGGUCCUGUCCUGAGCAGGCAGACCUGCAGGCUAUUGAACUGAAGACGGGAAACUUGAAAUUGAGAAAGGCUGUCGAUGACAAGAGGGCCAAAUCGAUGAGCUGCACAGAGGCACAGGCACCACAG